AUGCCGCCAUUCCGACCUGCAUUCCGCGUCGUCAGAGCUCUCGAGCUCCCCCACAGCUAUGCGCCACGACGAACAUUGCGCCCAACGAGCCUCAGCAGCAGACAGAUACACACAUCGCGAAGAUGCAUGGCCCAAUUCCCCCCAGAAAGAAAGCCAGACCCGAUGGAGGAAUGGCGAAACCCUCCAGCGAGCAAAUGGCCGAAUAGGAUACGACUGCUGAUGCUGCCCUUCAUUGGCGCUCUGAUCUAUUCCAUGUGGACAGACGACUCCAUCAAGGCUGAAACCGCCUCCAUCGCCCAGAAAGACGCCCUCCUCAAGCGCGAGAAUGGCGUCACAGAAGACUCGCCUAUGCGCCUGCGGAUGGAGCAGUUCAUAAAACAGCACCAAAAGCAGAUCGUCUCGGAGCUCGAAAAAGUCGACGGCACGUCCUUCACAAUCGACUCGUGGCAGCGGCCCGAGGGCGGGGGCGGCAUAACCUGCGUGCUGCAGGAUGGCAAAGUGUUUGAGAAAGCCGGCGUCAACACCUCCGUCGUAUACGGACGCCUUCCUCGCGCCGCGAUCCAAAAGAUGCGCGUCAACCAUAAAGCGCUCGACCCAGAUGUCGACUCGCUCGAGUUCUUCGCCGCUGGCCUAUCUCUGGUGCUGCACCCCCACAACCCCAACGCGCCGACCGUACACCUGAACUACCGGUACUUCGAGACCGCGGACGAGAACGGCAACACCAACGCGUGGUGGUACGGUGGCGGAUGCGAUCUCACACCCUCAUACCUCUACGACGAAGACGCGAUCCACUUCCACCAGUCGAUCAAGGCGGCAUGCGACAAGCAUGACAAGGGCUACUACCCGCGCUUCAAAAAGUGGUGCGACGAGUACUUUGACAACAAGCACCGAGGGGAGACGCGCGGCGUGGGCGGUAUUUUCUUCGACGAUAUGGACGAGACGGAGAAGGAUCAGGAGCAGCUGUUUUGCUUUGUGCAAGACUGCUUGUCGGCGUUCUUGCCGUCGUAUCUGCCCAUCAUCAACAGGCGGAAGGACAUGCCGUUCACCGAGGCCCAGAAACAUUGGCAGCAGUUGAGGCGGGGUCGCUAUGUGGAGUUCAAUCUCGUGCACGAUCGAGGUACGUCAUUCGGACUCAACACGCCGGGAGCCAGGGUGGAGAGCAUCCUCAUGAGUCUGCCGCUUACCUCCAGGUGGGAGUAUAUGCAUGCGCCUGAGAAGGGCAGUCGCGAAGAGCGGUUGCUCGAGGUGCUGAGGAGUCCCAAGGAGUGGGUGUAG